CUCAACCACAUAAUAAUAGUAACGUCACUUAGCUCCACAAACCACACACCACCCACAAUGGCUUCCACUGCCACUGUAUCGCCUCUGCUCAACUCCUUCACGCUCCGGCGCGUGCGCAAUGACCGCCCGGCCUCGUACCAGCCACACUCUCUCAAAUCAUCUCCGGCGAAAAUGAUGUCCGGAACUGCCACUCCCGGUCGUAGACAGCUUCUGUUCUUGUUUCCGGCGACGUUGGCCGCAGUGAGCGUAGGGGAUAGACCGUCGGUGGCGGCGGACAUUCCAUUGUUUGGGAUAAGGAAAGGGCUGAAGAAGGUGGAGGAGGAGGCGGAGGUGAUCGUGAAGGAAGGGUUCGAGGCGGCGGAUAAGGGAUUGGAGACGGCGGAGCGGGGAAUCGAAGCGGCUGAGAGAGGAAUCGUGACGGCGGAGAAAGAGAUAGAGACGGCGGUAAGUUUCAGUGGUUUAGCGCAGGCUGGGGCGGUGGGCGGAGCAGAGGUGUUGGGGGUUUUGGUGGCUACUUCAAUUGUGAAUGGUAUUUUGGGACCAGAACCUCAGAACUCCUAAGAAUAUUUCUUUUUUUUUUUUAAUAUAUAUAUUUUAUAUUAUCGAUUGUAAGUUUUGUAUUCGGAUUAUAUAAGUGUAAAAUGUUAACAAUUUUUAGUAAAUUUCUUUAGUUUUGUGUGUAAA